AUGGCAACGCAAGACUCGCACAGUAUUCUCUUCACACAUAAUCGAUUUCAGCAGGGUUUUCGGCUGCUGGAAUUGACCCCGGAAUUGGAAGAAUUACUGACAUCAAAAGAUGCCCCAGCACUCGAACUCAAAUCCCCCUCAACAGCCCUCGCCCAAGCCGUAGUCGACCCAAGCGCACAAGACUACGUGAACCUCUGCACACCCACCAAAACCUACCGAAUCCGCCAAGUGCAAUCCUCAAAUUCAAUCCACAUCCUUCGCCCCAGCGCCGGCGAGAUCUCCAAAGCAGACAUCAAAGUCGUCGAGGAAGAAGCCGGCGACGAAGGAACCCUAAACCUCCCCAACGAAGCAGUCACCACAAUCGCAAAAUGCUCCUCCACACUCGAACUGCACAUCCCACCGGGCGGGUUCUCCGCACUACCUUUCCUGGAGAAGAGCCUGCGACUUUAUGACCGGCGCAGUGACGACGAUGGCGAUGUAGCGAUGGGUGAUUCGGCUGCGUCACUGGACCCGCUAGAUGCCAUGGGCGUGCGAAGGGCCAGGGAGAGCGUUUGGGCCGACAUACCUGUCUCGCGGGCGCAGUGUGAACAGGGUUGGAUGGAGCUUUGUGCGUUUGUGGAUGGUGGCGAAGAGGUUGCUUGUUGGCGACCUUCGGCGCGGGCUCGGUUGGCUGUUUGGACGCGGCUGGUUGAGGGAGCUGUUUUGCAGGGUAUUGAUCUUGAGAAACAGUUUCUCGUGAGAGAGUUGUGGAAGUCGGUUUUGGAUGAGGACGAGGCGGCUGAGCCGCCGUUUCCGCGUGUAUUACUUGAGGCCGUUGUCAGGCGGAUUUGUGUUGUUGAUGAGCGGCCUGCUUUGGCGGAUGAAAUGAAAUGGGCGAGCUUCGAUAAGGUGGAAUGUGUGCAAUGGGUUGGUGAGACUUAUUUGGCUGCUACUGCGCCGGGGGCUUCGUCUGCGAUUGGGAGAAGUGAAUUCCUGCGUGCUUGGAAGGAUUGUCUUCCUGAGUCGUGGAGAGCAGAGGUCGUAUUGUCCAAGUUAACUAAUGGCUGCUACAAGAGCCCCGACCCUACAACUAUACACUUUGUUGAGCCCUCUCAGCGGGAGCACACUAGCAAGGCUGCUCCUUCGGGCCCAGCUGCAGCUGCAAAGGCCAAGAAUACCAGGAAUUGGCACGAGUUGCUCAAAGGGCGCCGCUGA